AUGUUCACAACACUAGUGCGCCGGGCGGCUGAGCGGUCAAGGUCGCAAUUGGACUUUCCCAACCUGCCCAACCCCUACCGGCUGAAGAAAGUAUGGCCGCCCAAUUUCAGCAAGCUGUCGCCUCAGGAACAGCUCAGGUUCGAGAAGCGGUACAAGAGGAGAGUCCAGCUUGCCGCAGCCAGGCCGCGAUGGAACAAGAUGGUCAAGUUGGCUCAGUUCUUCAGCAUCACUUUCGUCAUCGGAUACAGCGUCCUCUUCAUGGAUUGGAAGAACGAGAACCAGCCAUUCGACGGAGUUCGAGAUCAAUUUUGGGGCGUGUUUGGCUCAGAACGGCCUGAAAAGAAGGGCACGCCGGAUCCCUCUACAGCGGCGAAAUAA